UCUUAAACGCCAAACACAGGAGGACUAGAAUGCAAAUUACCAUUAAAGGUGUAACCCUCUUUCAAAGAUUCAUUUCUCGGUGUACGCGAUACACAUCAGAUCGAUCUCUGUUCGUCUCCCGAUUCCACUCCUCCUGAUCUUUCGAUUCCUUAACCCAGGAUAUGGGUCUGUGGACACUAUUAGAGGGGUGUUUGCUUAUAGCAAAUGCACUAGCAGUAUUGAAUGAAGAUCGUUUUCUUGCACCUAGAGGAUGGAGCUUUCAAGAAUACUCAGGGGUGAAAAGAAAUUCCUUCAAAGGACAAAUCAUUGGUCUCAUUUAUGCAACCCAAUACUUAAGAGUCAUAUUGAUAAUGCUCAACUCCCUCUGCAUUGUGGUAAAGCUAGUUUCUGGAUAAUUAUCCAAAGUAAGUCAUUCUUCAAGGCUGGACCUAGUCACCCAAAACUCGGAGUGGAUUUUGUUGAAAAUCAAAUAAUCUUUUCUGUGUAAUAGUUGCUUUUGAUCCAUAUUUCAGUUAGUGUAUUGAGUUUGCUGUAGCAUUUGUUUAAUUGUGUUAAAUCUUCUUCUUUUUUGUUAUUGUUACGUGACAAUCCACAUUUUUUGGUGAAGCAGGAAAUUGCGGUUUUCGUUA